CCACGUACACUCUGCUGGCUGCUGCGUGCCAUCCUGCCCCUGCUUCUCGUCUGCAUCGUCGUGCAGCUCCGCUCCGCUCACGCGACUCUGUUGCUUGCCGCCGGCCUCUUCGGCAACAGCGGCCAAGGGAAUACUCGUCCCACUGCCAGGUUCCAACACUCCCCAGUCCCAACAACUAAAUAAGGGGCCCGAUUGGUGGGUUGUCAAUCAUCAUCAUCAUCAUCAUCAUCGUCUAUAAUGUAUAUUCAUGCGUGCGGCCGGCUUUUGGUUGGGGCCUCUCAAGUCUCAACAUGCACGCCCGCUCUCUCACCCAUGCAUGUAUGUGCAGUGUGUUUGACUGUCUGUCACCACAAAUUGUUGUACACGUAAUAUGAUGACGUUUUGAUUUAGACUCGCCGAAUUCUUCUAAUGAUUUUAUUUUGACCCAAGUCAGCAAUGAAAACCCCUACCUAUUUUUUAUAUUCCAAAUCCGUUUAAUUCGCUCUAGGACCUUGACAGUCAAUAUCUUUAAAAAAUUUAAGGAAACGUUAAGAAUCAUGUGUUUAGAUUUGUCCUAAUAUAAUUUUAUAAUAUCACAAAUUUGUUAGAUUUUACAAAUAUAUUCUAACCAUGUCAGUCGCACCUCAAAGACGUAGAAGAAAAAAAAUAUCAAGCAUUUUUAGAUGGAGUAGAUGCAUUUUACGAGCACUCUACAUACUAGACCGGUUUUCGAAAUCGACAUUAACGGCCGCAAAUUUGUGAUGUGGCAAAUUUGUGAAGUCAAACGUUUAGAGUGUCUAAAAUCCAGAAUUCCUCAAGAAAGACUAUGCGAUUAGGAGAUUAUUAUCUAAUAAUUGAACAUUUUCAUCCAUCUUUAAUUAUCUGAGAUAAGCAGCAGCAACAAGUAAACCAGAAUAGCAUACAAUAAGACAAUUUUUUUACUACUCUGGCACAGAUGAAGGAGCCCUUCACAUUAUCAUUUGUGAAUGGCAAGUAACUGAAAUCAAGAUGCAUCUAUUCUUGUUUUUGGCCUCUCUGCACCAAGCGAUAUACCUUUCCUCACUUUUCUUAAUUAUAUGCCACGAUGCCAUCAGUCAAGUUUGAACUGCCGCAAAUUUGUGAUGUGGCAAAUUUGUGAAGUCAAACAUUUAGAGUGUCUAUAAUCCAAAAUUCCUCAAGGAAGACCAUGCGAUUAGGAGAUUAUUAUCUAAUGAUUGAACAUUUUUCAUCCAUCUUUUACGGAAUUUGAUAGCUUUCCGAACGAAUUUGUGUAUGCCGUUUUUAUCGCUUUCCUAAGGCCAUUCUUUUUUUUUAAGCGAACCGGUAGGGAUGCCCCUACCUUUUUUUUAUAUAUAACAGAAUGAUGGAUGUGUACAGUUUACAAGGUCCAAGGCCCGAAUAAAAAGAGGGUUCUUACAGGAGAUUACUCAACCAACAAAUGAUCUAACCACCCACUGAAGGUUUUGCUCUAAGCGAAACCUUUUUCAUUUCCUCCACAAAACUAACCUUCCACCGUGCAAAAGAGAGACUGUCCAUCAAAGACAAUGCUGUUCCUAUGGCACCAUAUAGUCCAGCAGGCCACAAUCACAAUUUCUCUGAAAAUACAAGAACCAAAGCGCUGUCGAGCUUGAAUAAUCAUCUGCAGAGGUUGUAAGGUCAUGUCCCAUUGGAUGUCUAGAUAAAUCCAGCAUGCCUCACUGAAUGGGCAGUUAAAGAAUAGAUGGGCAACACUGUUUCCUCGAGAUUUUCCACACAAAGCACACAACUGUAGGUGUCCAGAUGCACAUGUUUUCUUCUCAAAAGAUUCCUAAUAUUGAGACGAUCCUAAGGAGCAACCAAAAGAAGAACUUGUGUUUUUCGUGCGAGUGUGACCUCCACAUCCAUUUGAACAAAGGUGAGGAUGGUCUGCUCCCUUGCAGGCAAGAAUAGGCCUUUUUCCUCGUGAAUUCUGAUGAAUCCCAUGUAUACUGCCAUACAUCAUCAGCAUCUGCAUCCCUGGGCUGGGAGAGGAGGAGAUCUCUGAGCUCUAGAAGUUGGGCAUGAGCUUGCUGUGAGAGUGGCAACCAGUACAAGGAAGAGUCAUUGGAAUUGGUGUACUUCAGGAGGGAUAUGUUCCCUUUUCUAAUAGGCAUUUUGUAUUUGUGUUUUAAAAAAGGCACAUAAUCAAGAUACCAUUUAAUUCAUAAGUUGAAAUAUCUCCGCGCAAUGGUAAGUUUUCUUGGUCAGCGUCAGCCUUGAAACGAAAUGCCGCGCGGGCGCGGCCGCCUCGCGCCACUGUUCCGCGCCACCUCCGCCGUCGUCCGCCGCCACCAGCCCCGCCACCACUUGCGCGCCUCCCCGCAGGCCCUGCACCCUCUCAUCCUCAAGUCCGGACGCGCCUCGCGUCCCCACGUCGCCACGCGCCUCGUCGUCGCGUACGCUGACUCCGGCUGCCUCCCCCACGCGCGCAGGGUGUUCGACGAGACACCGCACAAGGACCUCAUCCUCUGCAACGCCAUGGUCGCCUGCUACGCCGCCCACGGGCUCGCGCUCCACGCAUGGUCCCUCGUCGCCUCCAUGCGCAGAAGCGGCCCCGAUCUCGCCGGGGACGGGUUCACCUUCAGCGCCCUGCUGCGCCCUCCGCGCCGGUGGCCAGAUGACGACGCCGGGCUGCUCCUCAGGCUGCGGGCGCUGGCGCACGGCCUCGUGCUCAGGCUGGGCCACCUCGCGGACGUGGUGGUGGCCACCGCGCUGCUCGACAUGUACGCAAAGUAUGGCCGGGUGGCCGACGCGCGGCGGGUGUUCGAAGCAAUGGUGGUCAGGAAUGUCGUCUCCUGGAACGCGAUCAUAGUCGGCUAUGGCUGCCAUGGUGAAGGCAAGGAAGCCGUUGAGCUCUUCCGGCGGAUGCUGAGGGAUGGGUGCUGCCGCCCGGAUGAGCGCACGCUCGCCAGUGUGCUCAGCUCCUGCGCCAACAUGGCGGCAGCGAGUGAGGCUACACAAGUUCACGCGUAUGCCCAGAAGAAGGGGUUGCAAGGAUUUCUUCAGGUGGCUAACGCCCUUAUCAUGGCGUAUGGUAAGAACGGUUUUGUUAGAGAGGUGACAAGGAUAUUUGCGAUGACAGACUACCCGGACAUAGUCACAUGGUCUUCCAUGGUUUCUUCAUAUGCUUACCUCGGACAUGCCAAGGAUGCCAUUCAUAUGUUUGAGAGAAUGCUCCAACAAGGCGUACAGCCUGAUGGCAUUGCCUUCCUUGGGGUUCUUUCUGCCUGUAGUCAUGCUGGGCUCGUUGAAGAUGGCUUACACUAUUUCCUUAUGAUGACGAGGGGCUACCGUAUUGGUCCGAGUCCGCAGCAUCUGGCUUGUCUGGUUGAUCUCUUAGGGAGAGCUGGCAGGAUUGAAGAUGCUUACGACGUUGUAGUCAAACUUUCCUGCGAAAGCAACGCUGAUAUUAUUGGAGCUUUCCUUGGUGCUUGCAAGAUGAGGGGCAAUAUCGAGUUGGCAAAGUGGGCCACUGAUAAGCUUCUAUUCCUGGAGCCAAGCGAGGCAGUAAAUUAUCUGCUUAUGUCCAACACAUUUGCUGCUGCAGGAGAUUGGAAUGAGCUUGCAAAAGUAAGAAGUGUGAUGAGGAACAGGUGUGUCAACAAGGUGCCUGGCUGUAGCUGGAUAGAGAUUGGUGGAACGGUUCAGACAUUUGUCUCCAAUGAUAUGGUGCUCCAUCGAUCAAUGGAGAUGCAACAAAUGAUGGAACUUACUAUUUCAGAAGUGCAAAAGGAGUGCAAUGAAGACACAAUUUACAAGGAUUCACUUUUAAUUUGAUAAUGGCAGCGACACUUCUCCAGAUAUUUGAUUAUUAAUCUGGGUCAGCUUGGCAUCUGCAUUAGUCUCAGAGCUUAUCAGUUUGCCACAUGAUCUUUAUUUGGUUCAGCAGAUUAUAUAUGGUACUCGUUAAGUUUUACACUGGUCAUGCAUUAAGGGUACUGGUGUUGGCUUGGAAGAGGGUACAGAUUCCAGCUUGCUCACCAGAACCAACAGCAAGUUAGUACAGGAGGUCUAUUUCAUUCAGUUUUGAACAUUCUGCACUGACUUUGAGAAACCGAAGGACUACAGCAAGCUAGUACAGGUACUUGCUGAGAUGACUGGUCUUUGAGUUAACUGCGUGGUUGAAUGCACAGGCCACAUUGAUGCUAUGGGUUAUGUACUUGAUUAUGUUCAUAAUAAUGGAUGUGGUGUUGCUGUGCCGGUCCAGUGCCAAGGAUAUCGUGAGCAAGGCUCACCCAAUGAACUCACUGAAGAAAGAUGACCCUGAAAGGAACUCCCUUGGGAACUACAAACCACGCUCCAAAGUCUCUUGGUUGUGGAAUUGUACGUGACGGAAUCUAUGUUGUUGACCAUUCAGGUGAAAACUUGAAUAGUAACACUUCUUUUGACAAUCAAAGAUGAAGUUCAUAUAUAAGAAAGAUAUACUGUAUUUGUAAAGAGAUUUUGAAAGAUAUGGCCAACAAAAUAGCAUCUGAGGUUCUGAACUGCUUCCGGGAGCUAUUCCCAUAUCAGAACAUUGUAAAUGACUUGGCUGACACACUUUUUCACUAACUUACUGCAUAGGAGUUGGAUCGGAGAUAUUUCAUCACCUACAGUGUGUGCUAUUCACAGAUAUUAACAAGCAUUCAACCUCAUGCUUUAAAUGUGGCCCCAAUGCAACACUUGGUACAUACCGUCGAGUAAUUAUUCCCCUUUAGGCUUUUACAAAUGUAACUGUUCAUGUGGAGUCUGUCAAUUCUCUCAACCAUCCAAAUGAACCAUUUCAACCAUACACCAGGGUUCUAUGCAUCUUUCCAUUGGAUGCAUCACUCAAGUUUGACUCAUCUGAUUCUCCAGAAGACUUGGCUGCUCUCCUGUGUGUUCCAUCUAGGGCAGGCUGUUACAGGGUAAAAAAGUCCUUUGGUGGAGGAUGACACAUUUGUUUUAUACUAUGAUUUCCUUUUUUGGCUCUGUAGACCAAUUAUUACUUGUUUUUACUUUAAUAUGAAAUCUUACAUAAGGAGGACCAGAAAGAUGUGAAUCAAUUGGCACUCUGAAAUUUAAAGAAUAUGGUUCAUUGUAAAAAAAAUAUAUAUAUAAAAAGGGCUGACAGGAGGGUGCAGUAAGUGACAUUCAUGCAUAAGUUAAAGGGUUUUCCAUAAAUUGAAAAGGGUUGUUUGGAAGAGUGUGUUGCUCUAGUAAUUUUCAGAUUUAUUUUAAAUUUGAAAGAAUCUAGUUAUUAGUAUGAAUUUGAACAAAAUUUUAAGGUAUUUGUAAUAAAGUUCCUGCUAUAUAAAUAUAGUGCAAGAAUAGUAUAGGGCCUUAUUUCUAAACUGUGAAACAGGGAAAAUUUCAAGUUAAUCUAAGAAAAUGAAAUGAAAAGCAUUUUCCAAUUCUAUUCUAUCUAUUUUCUGUUGUUUUCUUGUGCAGAAAAAUCCAGAGAGGAAAGACUAUGGUGACCUAUUAUUGAGGGUCCUUGCUCACCAAGGCAGCAGUGACAAGAAUUCACCACAUCACAAGAGCAGCCACAACUAGGAGAUACCAAGCAAAAAAAAAAAAAAAAAAAACAAGUGUGCUCAAGAAGUGAAAGGAGUGAUUCAUAUAUCAAUACAAGUUCAAGGAUCAAGAUGGUCCUAUGCUUGGAUUGCUUUGGUUAUAUGGCGAGGAAGGCAUCAAAGUCGUCUACACAUCAAGAAGCUGGAGACAAGAUGAAGCAGAAGGAUGUGGCAGAAGAAGAAGCAUCCCCGAAGGCUGGGGAUAAGAAGGGGGAGAAGACUGUGGAGAAGAGUAAGAAAGGGAAGGAGAAGGACACGGGGGCUCCCCUUGUCGUGCCUCACUUUCCUCAGCGUUCUACACCAGGCUUGCUCUAGUUUUGAGUCGCGUCGUGUCUUUGGUUCUCUUGGUGUUCUUGCUGAAGCUAAGUAGGCAAUUAGAGUGGAAAUACUUAUGGUAGGUUCCAAAGGAAAUUACUCAUCUGAUGUGGAUAAUCAGAACUAGCGUGCUGAGUUGCCAGCUUCUCAAUGGAUCAUCUUGUGCCCAGAAGUUGAUUACUGUCCAUAGUAGCUCAAUAAGAAAUCAUGUUUAACUC